CCGUAGCCGUAGUCAAGCUGAGUGCAGUCUUGUCGUUCAACCAACUUUAUAGGUUAGCGAUGCCCUUUCGCGCACAGGUUACUGGCGUGCUACGCUAGCGCAAUCUCCCUGCCCACCGAUCACAAUAAAAUCAGCACUGUCGAUCUUAAUGUGUCACAAAGUGAUGUCUUUGAGUUCGCUCGGAUCUGCGCGCAACACCUCGCAGCCCGUGUCCUUAGGCGCUGCACCGGGGGGGGAGUCUCGCGCCGCUCAGUGAAUACAGGCGGCGACGGGGCUGUAGUUAGAGCGCGCGCGCGGAACCUGCCGAAGUCCACGACAGAAUCGCAGUUGAAUCGAGAGCGCUGCCACGUCGGUUCGGCUGCGAGAGGUAUCAACUUGCCGACACCACAAGAAGCCGUUGCUCAGUCCAAACUGAAGCUGCUGAAAAUGCUUCUAAAAGCCGUCUAUGUGCUUGGAUUGCUGGUCUGCGGCAGUCGAGCUGUUCUGCAGGUGUCUAUAUCUCUGAAUAAAGUGGAAUUAAGUGUUGGAGAGUCAAAAUUCUUCACCUGCACAGUCAUCGGAGAUGCAGUCAACAUGAACUGGUACAGCCCGCAAGGUGAGCGCAUCAUCUCCAACCAGAGGCUGGUCAUCCACACAGAGGGGGUGCGCUCCAGGCUCACCAUCUACAAUGCCAUCAUCGAGGACGCCGGGAUUUACCGCUGCCAGGUGUCCGACUCCAAGGGACAGACCCAGGAAGCCACAGUGGUGCUGGAAAUAUAUCAGAAGCUGACGUUCCGAGAGGUGAAGACACCACAAGAGUUUCGCCAGGGGGAGGAUGCUGAAGUUGUGUGUGAUGUCAUCAGCUCACCAGUUCCUGCUGUCUCCUGGUUCUACAAGAACAGAGAGAUCACACCGGAGCGUUACAAUAGGCUCCAGGUCCUUUCCAACAACAACCUUCAGAUCCUGAAAGUGGCCAAGGAGGACGAGGGUGUGUACCGCUGCGAGGCACGAGUGGAGGCCCGAGGCGAGAUCGAUUUUCGCGACAUCGUCGUGGUGGUAAACGUUCCCCCGCUCCUGUUCAUUCCUCAGGAGACUUUCAAUGCCACGGCCGACUACCAGGAAUCGGUGAUGUUCACCUGCAUAGCGUCCGGCUCCCCUGACCCCGAGCUCACGUGGCAUCGGAAGGGACGGCAGAUUGAGACGUCGGAGCAGUAUGUGCUGAACACGCUGGAGGGAGGCAAAAGCACACUGACCGUCCGCAACAUCCGGCAGGGUGACGGAGGCCCCUACACCUGCAGGGCCACCAACAAGGCCGGGAGCAAGGAGAGCGAGCUCCUCCUCAAAGUGUUCGUCCAGCCCCAUAUUACCCACCUGAGGAAUGUGACGGCGGUGGAGGGGAGCGCAGCAAUGAUCUCCUGCACGGCCGAGGGCGAACCUUUGCCUGAGAUCUUCUGGAGGAGAGCCACUGACGGACAGACCUUCUCAGAUGGGGACAAGAGCCAGGACGGUCGGGUGGAGGUCCGGGGACGCCACGGAAAGUCAAUGCUGACCAUCACCGGAGUGCGUCUGUCCGACUGGGGCCGCUUCAACUGCGAGGCCCUAAGCAGAAUUGGUGGCCACCAAAAAAGCAUGUUCCUGGACAUCGAAUAUGCUCCCAAGUUUCAGAUCAAUCACACAAUCUUCUACUCCUGGGAGGGGAAUCCGGUGAAUUUGAGCUGUGAUGUGAUGUCCAAUCCCCCGGCCACCAUGCUGUGGAGACGAGACAGGUUCACCAUCUCCAAUGACGGCAACAGCAACACCCGUAUUCAUACUGCAGAGGGGAAAUCAGUGCUGGAGGUUACCCCUAUGUCUGACAGGGAUUUUGGCCGCUACAACUGCACAGCCAGGAACAACAUUGGUGCUCGAUAUCAGGAGUUUAUUUUAGCACAGGCAGCUGUGCCGUCCAACCCGUAUUCCGUGCGCUUCGCCUCCGUGUCGCAGCGCGUUGUUACGGUGACGUUCAUGAAGCCAGACUCUCACGGCGGUGUGCCAAUUGGACACUACAUUGUGAACUACAAGGACCAGAGUUCACAGGAGUGGAAGACAGUGAAGUCCCUUGGCGUUCAGACAAUGGUUCUCCUAACUAACCUGGAGCCCAACACGACCUAUGAGGUCAGGGUGGCUGCCGUGAACGGAAAAGGCCAGGGGGAGUACAGCCACAUGGAGGCCUUCCAGACCUUACCCAUCCGAGAGCCCAGCCCCCCUACUGUUCAUGGGCAGAGGGGAAUGGGCAAAGCGUAUAGACUGGGACUGGUCAAACAGGACGACGGUGGAAUGCCCAUUGUGGAAUACAUUGUAAAAUACAAAACAGAUAAAGAAGAACAGUGGAUGACUAAGUUGGUUCCAGGAAUGAACGAUUUCACCAUUCUGCAGCCUUUGCAGUGGAAUACACGCUACAAUGUGGAGAUCACUGCCAGGAACGUCAAAGGCCUGUCAGAACCCACCUUCUUCCAGUUUCUCAUGCCACAGAAGCCAGACAUCACAGCAGACUCCCUGUUCAGUGGUCUGGGGCUGGGUGCAGUGGUGGGACUAGGCCUGGCAGGCCUGCUACUCCUGCUGGCGAUGGUGGACGUGGGCUGCUUCUUCGCGCGCCAAUGGGGCCUGCUCAUGUGCAUCUCCCGCAAGCUGUGCGGCAAGAAGACAGCCACCGGCGGCAAGGGCAAAGAGCCAGAAGAGGGCAAGGCGGCCUACCUGGGUAAUGGCUCCAAGGAGCCCAUCGUGGAGAUGAGGACAGAAGAAGAGAGACUAUCUAACCCAGAGGACGGCAGUCCCGUGCACGAGCCCAAUGAGACAACCCCUCUAACUGAGCCAGAGAAACUCCCACUCAAAGAAGAAAAUGGCAAAGAGACCCUAAAGCCAGACCUGAUCGAGAUCAAGGUCCACAGUGACAACAGUCUCCACACAAAACAGGAUGACAGUAAAGCUUAACGUGAAGAGGGGAUGUUCCCUGUGAGGGUGCUCCAAGCCCAUGCUGAAUGAGACCAAAACAUCUAGGGGAAAAAAGUGUAAAAAUUUUAAUUACAAAGAAGCUCAAACCAGAAUCCCUCAGAAGAACAUCGGCUACUCAAGUGCACAGACGUGGGCGUCUGUAAAUAUGUUUAAAUAUUAAAAAAAAAAAAAAAAAAAGAGCGAAAGUUGAGUUUUUAUUGUGAUAAAAUAAUUGGUAACUUUCUGUUCAAACGACUCCCGCUGAAAACUUCACUUAGAGGGACGUUUCUUUCGGCCAUCUCCCAGUUUGCUAGGGUUUCGGUCCCCCCUUUUUGCUCUGGCUUUGGUUUCUGUUUUCUUUCUAAAAGCACACACUUGUUCCACAUGGAUAACAUAGAAGCGCUGCAAUUUCCUGGGUGCGUGAUGAAAUGUCGCCACAUCAUGGCCAACGCGACGGACACGCAGCACAGCCGACAUGCCUUGUUCACGUUUCGCCAGCAUGAGACAAGGACACGUCCCUCAAAGUGGCAACCUUAGCAUCCCAUUUUCGCUAUGCCUUUUACCAUACUAUUGUAUUUGUGCGUCUAUGGACUUUUUUCCUGAAUGAAAUGCUAGCUAUGUGCUCUUUAUCUUGCUCUUGUGAGAGAUCCCUUGGCUUGGAUUUUGAGGUGCCAGUUAUUUGGCAAAAAAGAUCCUUACAAAAGACGCUUAGCCUUAAAAGGUGUUCUUAUUUUGAAAAUCAGCCACAAUUUUAGUCACUGCUCACUUUAUGUUCAAGUUAUGUGAGUGUGAGUGUAUGUUGUGCUAAGAGGCUAUGUUUGUCCUGUGAGCCAUACUGAGUUAUUAUAUUUUAUAUAUUUUAUGAUGAAUUCCACCUGUUUGUACAUAUGCGUGUAUAAUGUAGUGCUAGCAUACUGUAUACCAAGUGUUCCUAGAAAAAUGGAAAUACAAUAACAGGUAAGGUAGACUCCUUGCUGUAAGUCUUGCAGAAGUUGGGUUAUUGAAUUAUGAAAUAUAUUAAUGGGCAGCAUUCUUUAUAUCCACCUUUGUUGAACAAAGUCACAGUGUAAACGCUGUGUGUAAUUUACUAAAACCACCCACAUCUAAUUUUAAGGGUAUCCUACAUUUAGACCAACCUAUAUUUAGAUAUACCUACAUUAAGAAGUUGCAUUUUUCAACAAUAUGUGUGUUGAUAUGCUAUAACAACUGGACAAAGGAUGCAUUGGUUUUGAUGUGUUUGCAGUGGAUUUCAGAUUUUGGGAGGGGAAACAGCCCAGUAAGACCCCGGCAGAAAAAAGAAAAACAAAACAAAACAAAAAAAAAAAAAAAAAAAAAAAAAAAAACAGGAUUCCUCAGGAUUACCGGGAUUUCCCUAGGACUUUUAUUAUGUUUUUAAUUUUCAAAUUUGCACCACAGAAAAAAAAAAAUCUGUCAAUGCCAAAAAAGGGGGUGGGGGCUAUUGUUUGUUUUGUUUGUUUGUUUAUUUAUUUAUUUUGUCCAAUAUUCAUACCUAGACUCAUCAGUUUAUUCACCUUUACACCAGUAUAAAAGAAGUAAAACAACCUCUGUUAACCUUAGGAAUUAUUUUAGUAUCCAAUGAACCAAACGAAAGAUGAAUAGCUGCAUUUACACAGCAGUACAUGGUGUGUGGAAGCAACACUGCAGUGCUGAUACGGCUGUUAAACGUGCAGACACAUUGCCACUUUCAUAGUAGAGAGGUGUGAUUCCCAUGACCUGUUUGUACAGUUACUUUGCCAUUGCUGAAUGUCAUUCCAAACUAAACAUAACGUACUCACUGUUCCAUGUCUCUACGCUACAUAAUCACUAUAAUCUUAACAGGUCACUGCUGACAGAUGUCUGUGUUCAUACUCUUGUGCUGAGACUAAAACUUGGGUGUGCAGGUGCUGUUCUUGGAUCUUGAAUGUAUUUUGUUCUCUGAGGAGAUCUUGUAUGUUUUUUCCCUUUCAUGGCAAAGACUUGUAAUACAUUAGAGACAUAGAACUGCCAUGCACUUGCUGGGGUUACACUGGGUGCCUCUCAUGCAGCUAAGUUUAGCCGAUGUGCGAGUUCAGUGUUUGAUCCUAACUUUUAACCAUGCAGUUCAGACACACUGAACAUAUUGAAUUUAUCUUCAAGGAUUUCAUUGUUGUCUAUGCAUAUUUUGAAUAUACAUUCUUGUCAUUUUUUGUUUGUUUGCCUUCUUGCUGCCUACGUUUUGACUCUAAAUAUACUAGUACGACACACAAACGCUUAUAAGCCUGAGCUACGGAUUAAUUAGUACCCAAAGGUUUUUCAUGCAAAUUCACAAACACUGAAAAUCAAACAAACAAACAAAUAAAUAAAUAAAUAGAAUUUGUAAUAAUUCCCACAAAUUAUUGAAAUCAAUCUGUCUGGCAUAUGAGGUAACUGAUGGAAGCCUCACCUGUGGAACACCUGUACUGAUCUUCUGUACUGACUCUCUGUUGUAAAUAAAUAUGUCCUGGUAUA